AGACUGUGCCACAUCGCCACCUGUACACACAGGCUUGGCCGGACGGACCACCCCGGGGGACGUUACCAUGACACGAGCAAAUAUGAAGAGCUAUAAAAAGGCAGGCGUGGAGUUCAUCGCAUUGACCGACAGCGAUCGACAAGUUCUGAGAGAUUUACUGACGGAAGUGUGUCCCAAGACAAUGAAGUUGUUGCUGUUGGUUUUAAGCGUUGCCUUGCUGUUCACUGCAGGCGGCGCCCUCGACUGCCAUCGCUGCGUCCCCGCCAAGGCCGGCGAAGACUGCGCGGCCAGCGUGGAGACUUGCAAACCAGAGAAAGAUGGCUGCGCGGCCGCCAGGUUCCAGAGAGCGCCAUACGGCCACUACCAGAAAUGCAUGAAACUGUCGGACUGCGAGUUGCUGAAGAUGAACGCGUUCAUCGACAUUUCGUGUUGCAACAGCGACAUGUGCAACAGUUCUUGAAGACGACAAAUACCACUUUUGGUCGGGUUUCAACUCAACGACACUCUUUGUGUGCUCGUGGAAAGCAUCUGAAAUAAACACUUGAACAUUA